GAAUGUGGUGCUCUCUCUCUUGCUCCUGCUACAGACAAUCUCAGCCUUUUCUAGCAUUUCUGAAAACAGUGCAGGAAAAAUAAAAGAAAAACUCUACCCCCGUUUAAUAUCUAUCAAUUCCUUACAUGGGUCUAUCUCCUUCUUUUGAUGGUUAAAGAUACCCUUAGAAAUCAGCUAUUGAAAUGAGGCAGGGCUCCAUUGCUAGUUUUUGUCUGUAGCUACCGUUGUUUGUAGAAAUUAGAAUUUGGGUUCACGAGAAUGGCUCCUGGAAGCAACAUCUGCAAAGAAGUUUCGGAGUCGCACUCUGCUCUGGCAGAUUAUGGCAUAUCAAGUGCAAGUGCGGAAAUCGAAAAGAUCCCAUCAGCAAAAGCGACUGCUGUGUUGAGUGGAAAGAGCGGAAUGUCUUCUACUAAUGGUGUGCAUGAGCUACUUGACUGCCCCAUUUGCACGAGCUUGAUGUACCCUCCUAUUCACCAGUGUCCAAACGGCCACACUCUUUGUUCGGAAUGCAAGCUUAGAGUACACAACCGAUGCCCGACUUGCCGAUAUGAGCUCGGAAACAUCCGGUGCUUGGCUUUGGAGAAGGUGGCGGAAUCAUUGGAACUCCCUUGCAGAUAUCAGAGCUUGGGUUGCCACGACAUAUUUCCAUACUAUAGCAAGCUCAAGCACGAACAGCUGUGCCGGUUCCGGCCAUACAACUGUCCUUAUGCAGGAUCUGAAUGCUCGGUCACAGGCGACAUCCCGGCCCUUGUCGCACACCUCAAGGACGACCACAAGGUUGACAUGCAUGACGGGUGCACCUUCAACCACCGAUAUGUCAAGUCCAACCCACAAGAGGUCGAAAAUGCUACGUGGAUGCUGACUGUCUUCAAUUGUUUCGGGAAACAGUUCUGUUUGCACUUUGAGGCCUUCCAUCUCGGGAUGUCACCUGUAUACAUGGCCUUUCUCCGAUUCAUGGGCGAUGACAACGAGGCAAAGAACUUCAGUUACAGCCUUGAAGUGGGUGCGACCGGCCGGAAGCUGAUAUGGCAAGGUGUCCCGAGGAGCAUCCGUGAUAGCCAUCGGAAAGUCCGUGAUAGUCAGGACGGUCUGAUCAUUCAGAGGAACUUAGCCCUGUUCUUCUCCGGUGGUGACCAACAGGAGCUGAAACUAAGAGUAACAGGCCGCAUUUGGAAAGAGCAAUGAAAGAAUGGCCCUUGAAAUUCUUAGAGAUUUGUGUCCACGGGAAGAUCAGGAACAUUGUUUUUUAUAUGUAAAUUGGGUAGUUGUAAAUUGCUCAGAAGUUGGGUAAAAUCUCAAUUUUGGAAUUGGAAGGCAUUGAUAAUAUAAAAUCGACAUUUUUCCUAAGUUUUA